CUCUUCCAAUCUCAUCCAAAGUCGCAAUCCAGGAGACAUGGUGCGCGCCUUCCGUGUCGCCUCUGCGCUGAUGCUCGCAGUCUUGGCCAACGGAGCCAUCUCGGCCGAUCAAGCUCCACCAAGUGAACUCCGCCGCCUGGUAACGCUCUCUCGUCACGGAAGUCGGGCUCCGAACGACGUGGUGAAGUUUACGUGCCCGCGCAAUAAAGCCAACCUGGACGCGUACAAGGUGCCACUCACUCAGCUCACGGAGAUCGGUAUGAAGCAGCUGCAAGCUGUCGGCGAGCACAUCCGUCACACAUACAUGGUGGACGAACCAAAGCACGAGGAAGCCUUCCUGUCUCGCUCGCUUAACGGUGUUAACCACUCUCAUUUCGAGGCGUAUUUCCGAGCCGACGCCGCGACGCGUUGCUCUCAGAGUGCCACAGCGGUGGGCUACGGCCUCUACCCAGACGGAACGGGCCCACAAGGUUUCCCGCGCCAGCCUGUGCCCAUUACCAUGCAACUCGUGGAAAACGAGCAUGCCUUUGCUGCUCCUAAGGGCCCCUGCAAAAGUACCUUAGACGCGGAUCUCGCUGUGUACGCUGAAACCCGUGCGCCAGAGCUCUUUGGCCAGUAUCGCGACGUCCUCGAUCAGCUGGGUGAGGCCUGUGGUGUCGCUGUCAAAGAUAUCCCCAACUUGCCUGAUGGUGAAGAUGUCGUGCUGGGCGUGAAGGAUUUGGCAGAUAUGUUUGUCUUCGACCGUGACGAAGGCCUGCCACUUCUCGAGGGGAUAACGGUUGAAGCUCGCAAAAAACUGGAACAGUUAGCCUUCACUAACCUCAUGGAACGAUAUUACUCGACGGACCGCGAAAUUACGUACUGGGUGGGUGGUUUUAGCGAUUUGCUUCUCAACACGCUCCAGGGUGGAGCAGUCCUGACGGCGCCAUCGCCUGCAGAGUACCGAUACUUCUCAUUCCAUGGUCAUCGAGAGCUGCUUCACGGCCUGGGUAUGAUGCUGGGCUGGGAGUUCCACUUCAAGGGACUACCAACAGCUCUCAACGUGUCAUCCCUCCACCCCGGAACCACCAUGUUCUUCGAAUUGCGCGCCCGCGAAUUCACCACCGAAGAGGCUGAGAAGCAGCCAGAAGCCAAGGAAUUCUACUUUGUGCGAACGUACAUGUGGUCGCCGUACACUGAUCGUGAGCAGAUCAAGCUGACAAAAUGCUCAGUUGCGGAUUGCCCGCUGGAUGAGUUCAACAAGAUCAUCACGAACCACAUCGCUGGAACCGGCACUUGGGAGACUAUCUGCAACUACCACCAGCCAACUCUGGAUGAAGCUCAAGCGCCACUGGCACAGGGAGCCGUUGUGGAGGUCAACCGCGGCUUCGCACACUACUCUUUCGUUACGGUCAUCGGGAUUGCUAUGGCGAUUGGGCUGGCGCUCGCGGCCUACAAGGUCUACACUGCUCGUCGCCGCGGGUACACCAUGGUGGGGUAAGCGAUGGAUCAAUGCUGGUCAUACCAGCAAAACAGGAAGAAAUAGCUACCAGAAGCUCUCUUUUAACAUCCUUAGAACAAAAUAAACGUCAGCGCCAGCUUGACUGGCCGCACUACGUUUGCGAAAGCCACUUGUCUGGCAGGAAUUUAUUGUUGAAGGCGAAAUUCCUGGAGCUUCGCGACCAAGGCAUCAACGU